ACAGGAACAACUAAGAAAAGAAGCAAGCCUUAAACUCCGCUUUUCUCAGGGCUAAAUGUUUACGCAGGUUAAGAAGGCUUCUCCGUCUACCCUGGGUCCCUUUCUAAAGGAGAACGUGUCCAGAAGACUUCAGUAAAAAUGUUUUUCUACAUAUUACUCUUUCUUGGUAUCAUUGGCACCAUCUCUCUGUGGUGGCAUUGGACAGCAAGAGACAGGAUGAAGGUUACAAAUCUCACAGGAAAAUAUAUAUUCAUCACUGGAUGUGACACAGGAUUCGGAAAUAUGGCAGCAAAGAUUUUUGAUAAGAAGGGAUUCCGUGUUAUUGCUGGCUGUCUGACUGAAACAGGAGCUAAAGAGCUAAAAGCUGUGACCUCAAAGCAGCUUCAGACAGUGCUGCUAGAUGUGAGAGAUUCAGACAGGAUUAAGAAAGUGGCUGCAUGGGUCAAAGCUGAAGUUCAGUCAGACGGUCUCUGGGGACUUGUCAAUAAUGCUGGGAUUAUGGGCCUAUCUGCUCCUACAGACUGGCUGGAUAUUGAGCACUUCAGAGAACCAAUUGAAGUCAAUUUAAUUGGACUCAUAAAUGUUACAUUAAAUAUGCUUCCCUUGAUAAAAAAAGCGAAGGGAAGGAUUGUAAAUGUGUCCAGUGUUGGAGGUCGCCUAGCAUUCAGUGGUGGAGGCUAUUUUCCUUCAAAGUUUGGGGUAGAAGGAUUUAAUGACAGCUUAAGGAGAGAUAUGAAAGCUUUUGGAGUUAAGGUUUGUUGCAUUCAACCUGGACUGUUCAAAACAUCUUUAUCCAAUCCAGCAAAGAUUUUGGAGGAGAAGGAGGUUAUUUGGAAUAAGCUUCCCCCUGAUAUUAAAAAGCAAUAUGGAGAAGAGUAUUUUCAGAAAGAUGCAGCAAAGAAACAAAAGCUGUCCAAGAUCUGUCUUAACAAGGAUAUUUCGCCAGUUGUCCAGUGCAUGGAGCAUGCCCUAACAAGCCUCCAUCCACAUGCCCAUUACGUUGUUGGGCAGGAUGCUAAGCUGUUUUGGAAUCCCCUCUCAAGAAUGCCAACAGUUAUACAAGACCUCCUACUGAUGCGGAACAGAGUAGAACUUGCAGUUUCCCAUACAAAGUAAAUAUUUGUCAGCAUAUCCCCCAUCACAGACAAAGCUGAUUCUAUAAGUUCUGUCCUUUAUAUCAGCAUGAUCCAAACUAUACAUGAAAUACACAUUCAUUCCCUAUAAAUGUAAGAAAUGCAUCUACUUCUCCAAUACCUGCUACUAUUAAAAAGAUACAUUACUUCAUUUUCCUUUAAAGUGCUCAGUUUGAGAAUACUUGAAGGCUCCAGUUUUCAGAGAUCCAUAAGACAAAAAUAUCCUAGGAAAAUAGGGAAUGUGACUUUAAGUCCCUACAGCAGAAAGAGUUAAGUCAUCUCAGGCAGAGGAACAAACUCUUGCAAUAUACACUAGGAAGGCAGGCAGAAAACCCUCUUCCUACUACUGCUUUCGUUAGCAGUCACCCCUAUUCAGUUUUGAGGCCAAGGAAACUGUUGUUGCCUGUCCUUGGUACAGUCCUAAGUGGAGAGAGAGCAAAAUAAAGUGCCCAAGUCGUCGAGCUGCUUGUGGUUCACACCCCUUCCUACUCACAGGACUUUGCAAGGUUUAGGUGAGGCAUUUUCCUGAUUAGCAUGCUAAAUCUUGAGAAUCUCUGAAGUCCAGCUCUACCCCUCUGUUGUAAAGGAUCCAUAGCUACAAAGGUGGACUGUAGAUCCAAUUACAGGGGCCUAAUAUCUGUAAUUAAGGUAGUGAAGAGCUAAGGGGGUUUUUUUACUAAAAAAAAAAAAAUUGAGCUUGCAAGAUUUCAAGUCUAGGAGCUAUUUCUUGGCAUAAAAAUAAUAGCCCUAUGUUUUGUGAUAUGCUGAGUAAUUCCUGUGGAGAGGUGCUGCUCUUGUUUAAUUCCUGACACAAAUGCCUGUAAGACCCAUCUCCACUGGAAUUAAUCAUGGCAAAGUGCCUGAGAACUGCAGAGACUCCACAUUGAGUCUGGAAGCCAUUUCCCACUGCCAUAGAAACUACUCAGUGAUGAAACAAAUGCUUUCCUCAUGCUGGUGAAUUUGCUGUGCCAUGAUUGUGCUGAAGAGAAAGUUACCCAGUGGCUAUCCAAAUAGUGCUGGUCUUCAAUUUAGUUUCUAUGGAGCUUACAAAACAUCAGUUCUAUUUUUCUCAGUGCAGCUUAUGCUUGGGCUUCAGUAGGGUCAUUUGAUUUAUAAUUCAGUUAUCUGAAUAAGUUAUUCCUUCUAGAGCAAGUUUGGUUUGAGGUGCAUACCUCUCAAAUGGCUACUCUUACUGAGAUGUUGAUGGUAUUGCUGUAGCAGAUUUUAUUUUAAAACCACCUUUCUGAUAAUAAAAGUGACAGAAACCCAAGUUUUCUUUACUUAACAUUUCAUCCAAAGGCUGCUUUGUGGCUGCCUGGUGAGCUAGUAGCUUCCCUGUCCCAGUCUGUGUGAGCUCUUAGCUUUCCAGGCAAGAGAUCGGCCCAUGCCAGAGGGUGAAAUUCUUGGCUCCCACAGAGCAGGCAGCAUUGGGCCCAAGGAUGUGAAUCUUGUCUUUUGAUAGACAGCCCUGGUGUCAUUUCACACAGAGCCUUUCCAGAAGCUAAAGCUUUCCCCCUACCCCACCAAGUUUACUCAGCCAAAAGUGAUCAGGGGAAAAAAGAUAGUACAAAAUGACACCACCUACUCUGAUCCUUACUGUUAGAACAGUUUGGCUGGUUUAAUUCAGUCCCUGUCAGACCACAAGCAUAGUGUCAGCUGCUGUGAGACACUAGCACUGUGAAGGUUAACAUUUAAAGGAAAAUACAAACUUUUGGAACAGGACACACUAGCUGUAAAUAUAUUAUUUAAAUUAGAAAAUAGCUAAUUUUUCAGCAGUAAAAAUAUCAGCUGCUCAAUGUAUUACUUCUCACUGUAUGAAGGGCCAAAUUCUGCUAGCAUUUUCCCUCCUGGAACCAGACACCUCAUUUAUUCAAAUGCCAGCAACAAAAACCAGUGACUUCUGUAACUGAGCAAACUACAGUGUGCUCUGCUAUGGCUAUCAAAACCUGUCCUGCUGAGAAGAAUGUAUGAGGCAGGUGAAUAUUUAGACAUACAUUUUUAGGGACUAGAAGGGACUUGUUCAGGGGAAGACCCAUGGCUUCUACAAGGUCAGAACAUCCUGGGGCACUGCACCCAUAGGACUUGGCUUCCAUUAGCUUGUUAGAACCAGCACACAAAGGUGUGCUUCAAAGCCUUCACUUGUCCAGCAGGAAUAACGUUAGCUUCUUGCUUUUCACUUGAGAACCAAAUUUCCUUCACCAAUGUUAUGAUUCAAGCAGAGUAAUUUUUCCACAUACCUUCUAGGAGUCAGGGAUUUCAUCACGAAAUACACCUAAGGAGUCAAUGAGAAAUCAGACAGUCAGGUGCUGCUUUCUGCAAAUGAAAGACUUUCUUAUGCCAAGCUUUCUAAUGGAAAGCUACAUAUGGAGCUCACAUUUUGCUUAUGAGGUUUCUCUUCUGUUAAGCUGCCUCACAUGCUGUGCUCUAAGCAAGUUGGAGGAUCAUCUGUGAGAAAGGGAACUUAUUGGACAAAUUCCCCAUUUUGAUGUUUUCCCAGAUGCUAAGCAGCAUCUAUUCAGCUUUCUGAAAUUAUUUUCUACAGUUCAAAAGCAGUUUGCGAGAAGAAAAAUAAGCAGUAGAGAGAGAGAGACUCCUUUUAUGUUUUUGUCUCCUACACUUGUGUGGCAAAGGAUUGCUACCUACAAUAGCAGGACUCCUGAGCUGACACUGCUGGAGAAACAUUCCCCUGCAACAGGCUUUGCCUGCUGAUAGAGUGCUGUUUUGUUGUCAUUUCAACCACGCUGUAGAGCCUGUUGUUUAAAUCAGGCCAGACAGGACUAGGCAGGCCCAUCAGGCAUGUCUGCCAGGCUUGUGCUGAAGAGGAAAUCUCUGCCAGACACCUGUUGAAUCGCCAAGUCUGCAGCGAGCUGCACAUGUCUGACUGUCACGAGUGCUGAAAGUGCAGUAACAACCACUGGUGUGGCACAGUAGCAAAAGAAGCACGAAUUUCCAGGCCCAAGCCAAAACGAGCAGGGAAACUGGAGAAGAAAGAGCUGCCUUCCAAGCAGAGGAUGAACUAACAACUCUGCAGCUCCUUGCUGGGAGCAGCCAGACAGGGAUCACCAGCCAGUCUGGGACAGGCUGCCAUUGCCAUGGUCCGCUCAACUGAAUGGGGACAGGUAACUUCCAGCUCCAUCCUAUCACCUUGCUUUGUUUUCCCAGUUUUAAUUUCCUUCUCAUUCAGAUAGUUUCAAAUCAAUUUUAAUUAAAAAACCCUUAUUCAUUAAUUCUGCUGUUGAGAAAGGUCUUUGCCCAAGCUUCCUUGCUUCCUGCAGCACCUGGCACUGCACAGUGCUAUGAAUGGGCAGGUGUGAAGAGUGGGGAAAAGGAGUUCUGCUUACAUGUUUACACAGUAGCACUCAGUCCUGGAUCAGAGGUGCCCAGCGGACUCCGGUCCAGGUAGCAAACAAACAAGUAGCCUUGCAGUCAUAUGUUAGAGUCUUCUCUAACAAACUGUAGAGCUUCUGUUUGCACAGUUUGUAGAAUUUGAGCUUUUAUUUGAAAAACAUUGCUUAGUUACUCAGGCAAUUGAUUUGUGCAAAAAAGCUGACCCUGGACUAGAAAAA